UUUAAGUUUCCGACUUCAUUUGGAAGUUCGCCCUCAAGCCCUGGGCAGAUCGGUUGGGUGUUUCCCUGUUCUAUUCCGGUCACGAUAACGGCGUUUACAGUUUCCUUUUUCUCCGGUAGUUUCCUUCAUCGCAUCGAAGCCACUCUCUGCAGCAAAUAUUCACCGAAAAUUAUAGGCUUAGGGUUUUCUUUUAAAAAGAUCUCUUCCAGAAGUAUUUGGAAUUAAUGAUGGACACCAAAGCAUUGGCGAAAUCAAAGAGAGCUCAUUCUCAACACCAUAGUAAAAAACCUCAUUCGAUUAAAAAGUCAAACCCUCCAUCAUCAGCCGGUGUUAACGACCCUGCGAAUUCGAAAAAGCAGAAAUUCAAACAAAUCACAGAGAAAACUCUGCAGGCGCAGCGUAUAUCUGCAUUACCAUCGAAUCGGAAUCGUUACGAGGAAGAAUUUGAUUCAGGUUCUGAAGAUCUAAGUCAAGAUCCCGAUAUUAUUGUGCCCAAGAGUAAAGGAGCGGACUUCCGUCACCUGAUUGCUGAGGCUCAAUCUCAAUCCCACUCAAAUCCUCAUUCAGAUAACCUAUCUUCUUUAGAUGAAAUACUUCCCGGAGAUUUCAAUCAAUUUGUAGGUUCUAUGCUUGCAGUCAGGGGAGAGGGUAUUUUGUCAUGGACUGGUAAUGAUAACUUUUUGGUAGAUGACGGUACAAAUGCAAAUCCUGAGGCCUCGUUUCUCUCCCUUAAUUUGCAUGCUCUUGCUGAACAACUUGAAAAAGUAGAUUUAUCCGAGAGGCUUUUCAUUGAAGAAGAUCUAUUACCACCAAAUCUGCGUCCUGAGAAUUCAAGGCUAAACAACAAUCAGGAAUCACAGCAAAUGCAAGCGGCAUCUGAUCGAAAUGGGGCAGCAAAGAUAACUGAAGAAAUAACUCUUAACGAUUUACCUGAGAAGGUCAACUUCGCUGCUAAAAUUGUUGAGGAUAUGUCGUUUGGCACUGGCAACCAGCCCAUAGAUGCAAUAUUGUCUAACAGAGGGUUGGGUUUGAUGCCUGAAGUUCAAGGUGAUUCUAUUUAUGGUCAACAUGGUGAAUUCAGUGAGAUUUUGAUGGUUCACUUGAUGAUUUGUUACAAGAUACUUCAACAUCGGUAAACCGAUAUAUUGAUUCAUCAAACAGUGCAGCAGUUAAUUCAGCUUCUGAAGAUUUACUUGAUGAUCUAUUACAAGAAACAUCCAAAAUGGUAAACCCAAAUGGUUUGUCUGGGAAAAAGGUUGCUUCUGAGAACAAUAUUCAGUCUUCAUCCUCACAACCGGUCACAAAGUCAAAAGUCUUGAAUGAUUUUGAUUCAUGGUUAGAUACAAUUUGAUGGUUUGCAAUCACUCAUGUAAACCUGUUGAAUCAAAUUUCGCUUUUCACUCUGGUAGCGUAA